UGGGAUGCUAGUCCUCGAGUGUAGAAGCUUCCUUGCAUCUCUUUUUUCCCAAUGCUCCCUUUCUAGUUUCUCAUUCAUGUAAUACUGUAGUAGAUUCCUUGCUCCUAUGAAGCGAGCUCCUUGUCGCACGAACCCAUGCUGUGGCAGGAUCGAGCGCCGGAUUUUGUCCACGUCAUGUUUUCCAGCGACUUGGCUAGGGUCAGUAGGCAAUGCAAUUGAUUUUCCAUCUCAAAAAAAGCCGUCUUAUCUUUGGAAGCCUUCAAGUUUUCCUACCAAGGCCAAACCAACAUCUUCCUCCAUGGACAUGGAGCCCGGCGCAGACGAGGUGGCGUUCGAGUCCCCCAUGCACUUCCGCAUCUUCAAGAGCGGCAAGAUCGAGCGCCUCCACCGGCCUCCGGUCCUUCCUGCUGGCCUCGACGAGGCCACCGGGGUCACCUCCAAGGACGUCGUCAUCGACGCCGGCACCGGCCUCUCCGUGCGCGUCUACCUCCCCAAGCUCCAAGAACCGUCCAAGAAGCUCCCGGUCCUCGUCUACUUCCACGGCGGCGCCUUCAUCAUCGAGUCGGCUGGCUCCGCCACGUACCACAGCUACGUCAACCCCCUCGCAGCUGCGGCGGGCGUCCUCGUGGUGUCCGUCGACUACCGCCUGGCGCCGGAGCACCCGGUCCCCGCGGCCUACGACGAUUCCUGGGCCGCGCUGCAGUGGGCGGCGUCGGCGCAGGACGAGUGGAUCGCCGAGCACGGCGACGUGUCCCGCCUCUUCCUCGCCGGCGACAGCGCCGGCGCUAACAUCGUGCACGACAUGCUGAUGAGGGCGUCCGGCAACGGCGGGCCGAGGACCGAGGGCGCGAUCCUGUACCACCCCUGGUUCGGCGGGAACGCCGCUAUCGAAGGGGAGCCCGAGGGCGGCCCCGCGGCCACCGCUAGGCUCUGGGCGUACGUGUGUCCUGGCGCGGUCGGCGGCGCCGACGAUCCCAGGAUGAACCCGCUGGCGCCGGGCGCACCGGCGCUGGAGAAGCUCGAGUGCGCGAGGAUGCUCGUGUGCGCCGGGAAGAAGGACUCGCUGUUCGCGAGGGGCCGCGCGUACUACGAUGCCGUGGCCGCGAGCGCGUGGCACGGGGCCGUGGCGUGGCUCGAGUCCGAGGGGGAGGAGCAUGUCUUCUUCCUCCAGAAGCCCGAGUGCGAGAAUGCCAAGCAGCUCAUGGACCGCGUCGUGGCGUUCAUAGCCGGGGCCUGAGUGGCUGAGUGUAUGCAGCUGUUGCCGUAUGGUAUGGAGUUUAUGCAGAAUUUUCUUUCACCGGAUUGAAUAAAUGAAUAGGUUGUGAUU